CCUCAGUGUAGUGACAGGGUUUGUAACGUCAGUCUCGUGCAUGCCUGCUGUGUUUAUGUGUGUGUGUUGGAGGAUGUGUGUGUGUGUUGGUUGGCUGGCUGUAGGAGUUACCAUCGGAGCUCCUGCAGACAGACAGACAUUUUCUGAUCCUCCAGGCUUCCUAUAAUCUGUCAGAUUAGCUGGAUGAGACGGACCACCUCUCUCUAGUAUCUUCUUCUUUAUUUAUUGAAAUCGUCACUCAGCAUCAUCGAUUCGUGUCUGUCGCUGUCCGCGGUGCUGAAAGUCGGAGAGGCGGAUUUCUACCUGUUAGCUGCUCCGGUGCUGUGCAGGAUUGUGCAGGAUUGUGCAGGAUUAUUAUGCAUCCUCUGGAUCUCCAUCCUCCACAUCUGAAUCUGCAUGCCUACUGACCUACUUUGUGCAAGUUGGGGGGAAUAAAAAAGAAGCGACGCAGAGGAGAAGAGGAAGCAGUGUGGAAGCUCUGAGGAUGAAGAUGAUGGUGAUGGUGAGAUGAACUUCCAGUGAAACGCAGGAGAGUUAAAGGAGGAAGAAGAGCCAGAGGUGUGCAGAGAGACAGAGGAGGUUAUGACCGCGUCUCUGCACCUGGACCUCGGGCUGCUGCUGCUGCUGCUGCUGCUGGCCUGCUGGAUAACACCAGGGAUGGUCGGAGCCACUGUGCCAGCAGCCCCGGUGAACGUGUCGGUGACCCAGCUGAGGGCGCACUCGGCCAUGGUGACCUGGAACGUCCCUCAGGGAGACACCGUCAUUGGAUACUCCAUCUCACAGCAGAGGCAGGACGGCCUGAUGCAGCGCUCCAUCAGAGAGGUGAACACGUCCAGCCGCUGGUGUGUGCUGUGGGACCUGGACGAGGACACGCACUACAGCGUCCAGGUGCAGUCUGUUGGGCCGCAGGAUGACAGCCAGCCCAGCCGAGCCGUCCACUUCAGGACUCUGGAGAGGAGCGACCAUUAUCCAGCCGGAGUCCUGGACCACAAUGAACCGGCCAUGGAGGGUCUGGGCAUGACGCCUCACUUACAGACGGGAGAGCUGCUCAUCAUCACCACCGUGCUGCUGCUGUGGGCAGCCGUCAUCGCCCUCUUCUGCCGACAGUAUGACAUCAUCAAAGACAACGACUCCAACAGCAGCAAAGACAAAACCAAGAGGCCGCUGGUCCGAGCCACGCCCUCCUACUACAACGCCUCAGCCGGCAGCUCGCCCAUCUUGAACAAUGGCGCCGUACGCAGCAGCAGGCUCCACAGAGCCUCCUCCUCCAUCAGCAUCAUUAGAGUCUAAGUCUGGAGGUUCGGUGCUGAGACUCUUUACUGGGUGGAGUCAGGGAUGUGCAACAUCUGCAGGAGGAACUUCAGUGGGAUUAUCAUGACGGAUGGGGAAUUUAUAGACCUGACUGAGGCUCUGAUUUAAUGUAAAAUAUGGAGAAUGUAAGAAGAACUCAGAUGAAUCUGUGGAGAUUAUGGACGACUGCUGCUCUCUAGUGGCUGAAAACUGCAGCUUUAAAACUCACAUGGGAACUCGUGCACGCUGCAGCUUUUUAUAGAGCUUUUCCAGCGUAAAAGGACGCCUUCUGACCUGCAGCCAAACUCACUUCCUGUUGUACAAAAAACGUCUUAUUUCCAUUACUUCCUUCUCUCUGAUUUCAAAGACUAAUUGUGAAUAUUUGCCAGCAUGUCGGCCUCAAAUUAAUUUAUAAGAUCUGUGAAAUAACUUUUGGUUUAACAUAUGAAUGCAAGAGUGUGUGUGUUUACAUUCCUACUAUUUUGUGAGAUUUCUACAUUUUACAUCACCUUCAUCUCCUAAUCAAUAAUCAGAUGUAAAGUAUUACAGUUAAAAUAGUGUAUUAUAUGUAAUUAGAAUAUGUAAAUAGUGCAAAUUUAAUGUAUUGUUGAUUUAAUUGUCAUUCAAACACAUUUGAAUGUAUGGGAUGAUGAAUUUACACUGUAAACUUUCAUAACAUUUACAGAUGUUUAAUCACUCUAUAUUGUUAUCAAUAGUCUGACUAAAAUUGAUCAUCAAACUCAUCAAAUUAUGUUGUUUAAAAACAUCAUUAGCUUAUUAGCAUACUUCAUACUUACUUAAAAGUAAGUAAAAUUACUAUAACAUUAUUAAAAACCCAAGGGCAAGGGUAAGCCUAUUAAUCAGUCAACAUAGAUUAUUGAUUGAACUUUUGUUUUUUGGUAUUGUUUGAUUAUAAAUUACACAAAAUACAGGUGUAAAUUUAACCAGAAUCACAUCCAGAUACAAUUCAGAUUAUAAUUAUUAAAGCUGCACAACAUUUAUUAAAAUAAAUAUGGAGUCAAAGGAGUCAUAAAAAAGAAUACAUCUAUAAAACAAUAAGAAAAUAAAUAUGGAAAUAUAAAGAGGAAUGAAUAAAAAAUAAUAAAUAAG